AUGAAAGCAGUCCGUUUUCACGCAGCCAAAGACAUCCGUGUCGAAGAAGUGCCGGUCCCGACGGUCAAGCCUGGCUGGAUACGAUACCUUGAUGGACCACAUAUAAUCCCGCCGAAUGGACAGCCACACGGAAUGACGGGCGAGAGCCCGCCGAUAACGCUUGGGCACGAGUUCAGCGGAAUAGUCGAUGAGGUCGGCGAAGGCGUAUCUGGAUUCAAGCAGGGAGACAAGGUCUGUGUUCAGCCAACGAUUUAUGAUGGCGACUGUCGGGCCUGCCUCAAAGGUCUGACCAACUCGUGUGAUACCUUUGGCUUUAUUGGCUUGUCAGGAUGGGGUGGUGGUAUGAGUGAGUAUACUUGCGCCCCGGCAGAAUACGUGAAGAAGCUGCCAGACGAUAUGGGCCUUGAUAUCGGGGCUCUGGUCGAACCUCUUGCUGUAGGCUGGCAUGCGGUCGCUCCUUCACCAUACAAGGAUGGAGACAACGUCUUGGUCCUAGGCGGAGGCCCCAUUGGUCUUUGCGUCGUUCUUGCCUUGCUAGCAAAAGGAUGCAAAAACAUCAUCGUUUCAGAAGUAUCGAGACGGAGACGAGAGUUUGCCCAAAGCUUCGGAGCGCACCAUGUGAUCGAUCCAGAAAAGGUCGACAUCGUCCAGGAAUCAAAGAAUUUGACGGACGGCGAGGGGGUGGACGUGUGCUUCGAUGCGGCGGGCGUUCAAAUUGGCGUCGACGGCGGACUGCAGGCGGUGCGGCCACGGGGCACCUUCGUCAACAUCGCGCUCUGGGGCGCAAAGAGAGUGGCGUUGGAUAUGAAUGUCAUGCUGUUCGGCGAGAGAAGAUAUAUGGCCGUCGUGACCUACAUCGAUGGCGACUUCGAGGCAGUGAUUGAAGCCAUCCACAGCGGCAAAUUGAAGCCGCAUGGAAUGAUCACCAAGGUCAUCAGGCCAGACGAGGUGGCGGAGGAAGGUUUCAAGGCAUUGACAGAUGACAAAGACAAUCAGGUCAAGAUUCUGGUUGAUAUGUCCAAGGCGACGGAGGUGGCCGCCGCGUAG